AUGGCCAGUCAGAACGAAUAUGACAACGAUUUCGCUUUUGACGACGAUGUCGACGAUGUCGACGAUGAUUACCGUGACGAAGGCUACACCAAUGAAAGGCCCAUGGGCGAACAUCUAAUGUUCGGUAAGGACGGAGACGGGGAUGAUAGCGAUAAUAGUUAUAGUGGGCUUUCUCGUACACGUAGAGAAGGUUUACAAUACUCCGUCCACAAUAGCCUUGCACAAGACCAACUUUGUGGUGGGUCAUAUGAAAUCUUGGACGCGCCAGCGGACGUGGAAAUCACAACACAGCAAUCGCCAGAAGCAUCUGCAAGGAGCGAAGCCAGUAUCUAUGCUACGUCCCGCCGCGGCAAAAGAGGGCUUCCCAAAAACCCUUCUCCUCCUCUUGCAGUACAACAGCAACUGUCUUUAAUGUCAGAUCAGCAAGGUUUCAUCGUUCAAUUUCACACUCGAUUCACUCUCCUCUUUCCACGCAACCCGGUAACACCACAAGUCUCACAGUCGCUUCGGGAGUUGCAAGCUUGCUCUAGUUCUGCUUCCAUAAGGACCUCAUCCGACACUGCGUACGCUCGUCCUAAUUCUUCCUUCACUCAACGCAUGCUCUAUCAAGCGCCUCCACCGCCCUCCCGUUCACGCGUGCCUCCUCCGUCCUCUCGCGGCCUCGCCAAUGCUUCACCCUUUGCCGUACCAGAUAUAGCUCUCUGUACAGCAAAUUCUUUGGAGCAGCGCCGACGUGACGUACGAAACAGUUAUAGCGCAGCAGACGGAUGGUAUCGGUUAUAUGAAUCCCUCGAACUUGGCACCAUACCCAAACCUGAAUAAUGCAACGACGCUCUUCCGUCACAAAGACUAUUAGCGAGGGGCCCAAGACCGAAGUCCUCGCGCAAGGACAACGCUCUGGGCCGUUUCUACACCUCGUACCUAG